AUGUAUACCGUUAUCAUACAAGUUUUUUCGGACGAUGGCACGCCUCGUGGUGAUCUCAGCGAAAAGCAAUUCGCCGCGAUCCGAAUGGCACUGAUGCGUAAAUGGCGUGAAAUGUACAGAGACGGAGAAAUGGAUCAAGAGUUGCUUGACGAGAAGAGAAACGGACUCACUAGAGAUCUCAGACAGCAAACACUCGUUCUGAAAGCGAAUGAAAUCCCUGGACUGGUGAAGUUCAUUUACGAUCAGAAUGGUGUCAACAUCUAA